GUGAAAGCAAAUUAAUUAAAGACAUCUUAAUGAUAGUAAUGAUUAAAUUAAAAACGCUUAGUACAUGUUCUUAUUAUAGGCAUUGAAAUUGAAUGUUUAGCGGAGAAUUAUAACAUUAAAAAAGAAAAGACUAGAAGAAAGGAAUACGGAUCUGCGCUUUAUAAUUCUUUGCACGAGGUUUUCAGUAUUCCAGAAAGGAAGAGGAGACCAAAAAAGAGAACCAAUUCUGAGAGCAACUCUGUCACUGUGAAAAAAAAGGCCACAGUGUAUUUUCCUUAAGUGACGGUGCCAUCUCUCCUGCGACAGUUUCUGGGAACAAUGAGUUUCCUGAAUGGUUCUUCACCACGGCGGCAUGCGGCGGAGAAUGAUUUAGAGGCUGGUCCCGCCACUCGCCGCUCUGCCGACAUCGACGACCCCGGCGAUUUUUCCGAUCCGUUUGAUAUUGCCAGAACAAAGAACGCUUCGAUUGAACGCCUCAGGCGCUGGAGGCAAGCGGCACUUGUACUUAACGCUUCUCGCCGAUUUCGUUAUACCUUGGACUUGAAAAAAGAAGAAGAGAAGAAGCAAAUAUUGAGAAAGAUUAGAGCACAUGCACAAGCCAUUAGAGCAGCUUAUCUUUUCAAAGCUGCUGGUAGGGAGGGGGGGCAACUUAGUGAAACUGUUAUUCCUCCUCCAACCCCCAUUGCUGGUGAAUUUCCAAUUGGACAAGAGCAACUUGCUUCAAUUUCAAGGGAGCAUGAUACUGCUGCUCUGCAGCAAUAUGGAGGGGUUGCAGGGAUAUCGAAUUUGUUGAAAACCAAUUUAGAGAAGGGGAUUCAUGGUGAUGAUGCAGACUUACUAAAACGGAGGAAUGCAUUUGGUUCCAACAAUUAUCCGCGAAAGAAAGGAAGAAGUUUUUUGAUGUUUAUGUGGGAUGCUUGCAAGGACCUGACCUUGAUUAUUUUGAUGGUAGCUGCUGCGGCUUCAUUGGCACUGGGUAUAAAAUCUGAGGGUAUUACAGAAGGAUGGUAUGAUGGGGGAAGCAUUGCUUUUGCAGUUAUUCUUGUUAUUGUUGUCACAGCUAUUAGUGAUUAUAAGCAGUCUCUUCAGUUUCGAGACCUAAAUGAAGAGAAGAGAAAUAUACACCUGGAGGUUAUUAGAGGUGGCAGAAGGGUUGAGAUCUCUAUAUAUGAUAUUGUUGUUGGGGAUGUUAUACCUCUUAAUAUUGGUAACCAGGUCCCGGCUGAUGGAAUUUUGAUCACCGGUCACUCUCUUGCAAUUGAUGAAUCAAGUAUGACAGGGGAGAGCAAAAUUGUUCAUAAGGAUUCUAAGGAUCCUUUUCUGAUGUCUGGAUGUAAAGUUGCUGAUGGCAGUGGCACUAUGCUGGUAACUGGUGUUGGUAUUAAUACUGAAUGGGGGCUUCUAAUGGCUAGCAUUUCAGAAGAUACUGGUGAAGAAACACCUUUGCAGGUACGCUUAAAUGGUGUAGCCACUUUCAUUGGUAUUGUUGGACUCUCUGUUGCUGUUAUUGUCCUGAUUGUGCUACUGGCCAGAUAUUUCUCUGGGCACACAAAAAACGCGGAUGGGAGUGUUCAAUUUAGAGCAGGCAGGACUAAAGUUGGUGAUGCUAUUGAUGGAGCAAUUAAGAUAGUAACUGUUGCGGUCACCAUUGUUGUGGUUGCGGUACCUGAGGGGCUCCCAUUAGCAGUUACAUUGACACUGGCCUACUCAAUGAGAAAAAUGAUGGCAGAUAAAGCUUUGGUAAGGAGGCUUUCUGCCUGUGAGACAAUGGGCUCUGCCACAACCAUAUGCAGUGAUAAGACUGGCACAUUGACCAUGAAUCUGAUGACUGUGGUUGAGGCUUAUGCGGGGGGUAAGAAAAUUGAUCCUCCUCACAAGUUGGAGUCCUUUCCUAUGCUUCGCUCUCUACUGAUUGAAGGUGUUGCACAGAACACUAAUGGCAGUGUUUAUGCACCUGAGGGUGCUAGUGAUGUCGAGGUUUCGGGAUCACCAACAGAAAAAGCAAUUUUACAGUGGGCUAUACAGCUUGGGAUGAAUUUUACGGCUGCUAGAUCAGAAUCAUCCAUUAUUCAUGUCUUUCCAUUCAAUUCAGAGAAAAAAAGAGGGGGAGUUGCAAUUCAGACGGCUGACUCUGGCAUCCAUAUACAUUGGAAAGGUGCUGCUGAGAUAGUUCUAGCCUGCUGUACAGGGUAUAUCGAUGCAAAUGACCAGUUAGUGGAGAUGGAUGAGGAGAAGAUGACAUUUUUCAAAAAAGCUAUUGAAGACAUGGCUGCUGAUAGCCUACGUUGUGUUGCCAUUGCAUAUAGAUCAUAUGAAAAGGAGAAAGUUCCAACUAAUGAAGAACUACUUGCUCACUGGUCUUUACCAGAAGAUGAUCUUGUUUUACUGGCUAUUGUUGGUCUGAAGGAUCCUUGUCGACCUGGUGUCAAAGAUGCAGUGCAUCUUUGCCAAAAAGCUGGGGUUAAGGUAAAAAUGGUCACUGGCGACAAUGUGAAAACUGCAAAAGCAAUUGCUGUGGAAUGUGGAAUACUUAAUUCAUUUGCUGAUGCUACAGAGCCAAACAUCAUUGAAGGAAAAACAUUUCGUGCCUUGUCAGAUGCAGAGAGAGAUGAAAUUGCUGAAGCAAUAUCGGUUAUGGGACGGUCAUCUCCUACUGACAAACUGUUGCUAGUACAAGCAUUGAGAAGGAAGGGUCAUGUUGUGGCUGUAACAGGGGAUGGAACAAAUGAUGCUCCUGCACUUCAUGAGGCUGAUAUAGGUCUUGCAAUGGGUAUCCAAGGUACAGAAGUUGCCAAAGAGAGCUCUGAUAUCAUUAUUUUGGAUGACAAUUUUGCUUCAGUUGUGAAGGUUGUCAGAUGGGGGCGGUCUGUAUAUGCAAAUAUUCAGAAAUUUAUCCAGUUUCAGCUUACAGUAAAUGUGGCAGCUCUGGUUAUAAAUGUUGUUGCUGCAGUUUCAUCUGGUGAUGUCCCACUAAAUGCAGUUCAGCUUCUCUGGGUAAAUCUUAUUAUGGAUACUCUGGGAGCACUAGCCUUGGCAACUGAACCACCAACUGACCAUCUUAUGGAUCGAACUCCAGUGGGUCGAAGAGAACCUCUCAUAACCAAUAUUAUGUGGAGGAAUUUGCUGAUACAGGCAAUGUACCAAGUGUGUGUCUUGCUUGUUCUCAACUUUCGAGGUAGGAGCAUACUGGGUCUGAGCCAUGUCCAGAAUGACCAUGCUGUCACAGUGAAGAACACACUGAUAUUCAAUGCAUUUGUUCUCUGUCAAAUCUUUAAUGAAUUUAAUGCACGAAAGCCAGACGAGUUCAACAUAUUUAAAGGAGUCACGAGAAACUACCUCUUUAUGGGUAUAAUUGGAUUAACUGUUGUGCUUCAGAUUGUCAUCGUUGAAUUUCUUGGGAAGUUCACUUCAACAGUCAGACUUAAUUGGAAACAGUGGCUCAUCUCUGUCAUCAUUGGAUUUAUUAGUUGGCCUCUUGCUGUGAUUGGGAAACUGAUACCAGUGCCAGCAACUCCCAUCAAUAACGUUUUUUCAAGGUUACAUGAUCAAACUUCUAGAAGGAAGGAAACUGAGGAUUCUCAAUAGUCAUAUGUAAACACCGUGCUUUUAGAUUUUUGCGUACUGUAUCGUUUGUAAUCACUUAUGGCAUAUAAUGGAAUGGACACUGCACACGAACACGUUUAUUUUUCUACUGAUCUAACAUUAUUUUAACUUAUUAAUUUCUACUGAUCUAACAAGAAUAUACGGAGUCUCAGCUAGUCUUGAUUUUUGUUGACUAUAAGCUUUGACGAAUGAUUAAUAUUUUGCUGAUUUAAAAAGAUGCAAAGACAUGGAUGAUUUCCAU